AUGGGGCCUCCCGCAUCAGGCGCGAUAUCCGAGGUCGCGGGCAGCGAGAAGCCCCGCGACGUGGCGGCUUCAGCAGGGCUUACACAAGGUGAAGCAGAUUCUCCGCCGGCCAGAAAAGCUGCUCGAGAAGCCCUGAAGCGCAUGCAUGCUCUUUCUUCUCAGCAAGACAUAUCCUUCCAUGGCGAAUCCGCAACUGCGCCUGAGCAAGCUCACGUGCCCCAGAAAAGUAGCUGGAAAGCCCUCUCGUCUGCACGUUUAGCCGCCGGCGGUGAGAACGCAAGCGCCGAGGCAGGGGCAGAGGGUCGCGUGAACCAGCCUGAGACUGUUCACAUCACUCUGGCUGACUCCAAGAAAGUCUGCUUUAGUAGGUCUACUCGGCUAGGUGACUCUGCGGGGGCCACACAAGGCGGCGCGCCGUCCAUCUCCCCGAAAGGCCCGACGCCUUCGGCGCUUCCUGAGACGGUGACGGCCUCCGGCAUCCCGGCGCGCCUCGCCACGAGUUCUCUGUCGCCUCCGGCCGCCGUUUCCGAGCAUACUGUCCCGUUUAACCCACCCUCGCCCAGUCGCCAGGCUGAGCGCCAACGGGCCCCCUACCAAAUAUCGGAUGCGCGAACGUCCGAGGUGGUGACGCCGGCGCUGCAGUUCCCGCGACAAGGGCAAGAGAGCCAAGCUGCGCGAGAGGGCCCUCCCCACAUCCCAGCCACGCACGAGGUGGUGCAGGUGGCCUCCGCGCGGCAACUCGCCUCGAGUGCGGCACAAGACCAAGCAGAUCAGGCUUCGGAGACGUCUGUCUCUGCGGCCACCGUGGCAGGGGUCGGUUCUGUGGCAGCAGACGCCACCCCCGUGCUGCCAAGGCAGCCUUCGGCGGCACCAGCCUCCACUCCAGCGAGCGGGUCCACUGGACCGUUUUCAGAUUUGUCGCAUGUGGAGAGGGACUCGGCACCUCGAGUCGCCCUCGCAGGCCAAGCUGGCGAACCCUGUCAUAUCGCUGCCUUCGGCGACGGAGAGCCUGCGGGGGGUCACUCCAGCGCGGCGCCGGAGCCGCUGUCGUCUGAGCACCUCCACGUCGCUGGUCGCCCCGCCCUCUCCGCGAAUGGAACUUCGCCUAGCUCAGCUUCCACCAGAGCGCUCGGGAGUCCCGGUGGCGUUCGCCUGCACCCAGCAGGAAGAAACUCGCUGCGACCCCCGUACUGGCUCACGCGGGAGACGGAGCCGCCCGGAACCGUCCACGGGGCCCAGCGCGCCUGCUUAGUAGGGGCGCAGCGCGCGUCUCCAGCCCGUCGCGCGAGUUGGUGGGGGGGCUUUGACGGAGAGCCCGAGCCUCGGCAGCCUCUGUCGAGUUUCUGGCGCGAACGGGGAAAGCGCCUGAAGGGUUACAACGGCAUUGCUGCGGAAGAAGUGGCGCUGCGGUCCAGGCCGCCCAGGGGAACCGAACAGAAAGUGGUGUUCGCUACUCGCGGGGGGCAGCCGCACGAGGCCGCGGUCGCCUCGCCGUACACGCUAGGCGGCGGGCAAAACCUGGAGGCGGUCGUGGCAGCUCCCGCGGGCGUCGGCGGCUCCGAGAGAAGGCACCUCGAGCCGGGGCGGCCGUCUGAGGAGGAUCUGCUGGCUUUUGCGGAGGCUCAAGAAGCCAUUCGCGAACUGGAAGCAACUCUUGCUGAACAGGAGGUACGAGCGCGCGGAGAAAACAUGUUAAAGGAAGGAUGCAUCGCCUACCAAGACGAGUCCAUUCGGCUGCUCAAGGCACACAUACGCAAACUGUCUGAGGACUUGGAGUGCUACGCGGCAUCCAACGCAUUCGAGCGGAAGGAGACGGCUGGCCUUCUCCGGCACCUGCGUCUGCUGCGUCGACUUCGCGGAGCGCGACAAGGCAGCAUCGAAGGGCUGCAGAUCCUGUAUCGAAAGCUCGAGGCGGCGAGGGAAGGAGUUCGUCUCCCUACCCACGAGUACGAUAUGCCGCUUCAAGCAGACCCUGAGGGGCGGGACGGGGCUCCGUCUUUCCCUAGCGGCGCGCCGGCCCAGGUGGCGCCUCAGCCACAGGUGCUUCAGGCGCAAACGCCUCAACCGCAGGCUCUCCCCCCGCCUUCGUCCGCUGCUGUCCCCCCCCCGAAAUCCGGCCGGCUUUCGCCUCUAGCGACUGAACAGCCCGGUGCUUCUCAGUCUCUGCCGGCCUCCAGCGCAGACGUUCAGUCCUCCACGCUCGAGGUCAAGUUGCCGGAGCCUGCGCGCUCUGCCGAUCUCCAGAGGUCGAGUCCGAGCCGCCCGGCAGCCCUGGAGUCCCAGCCGCCAGCCCCCGCAAAGCCGCUGCUCGUUGACUCCGCGACCGAGAUGUCUGAGGCGGGCUUUGACGAGCUUUUGGGCGAAAGGGAAGAGAAGCGAAGACACGAGGAGGAGGAGCGCCAGAGGAUGGAAAUGGAGGUCCGCAUCUUGCAUGAACAAACGGUGGCUCUACGUGAGCAGCAGAGGCAAGAAGAGGAGAUGCUGCGCCAACAGCAGGCGCAGCUCGAGUUGCUGAGGGAGCAGGAGAGGCUGUUGAAGGCGCAAGAGGAGGAACAAGAGGAAAUGCAGAAACGGGUUGUCGCGCGAUUGGAAGCCGAAGCGCUGGAUCAGAACAUCCGAGAGAGCCGGAGGGAGGAGCUCCGUCAGCUGGUGCGAGAGACAACGACCCCCUACCCGUUUGCUCCAAGUGAGAGUCGCCGUCGCCUCGCACUGGCAUGCCCAGACGGCCGCAGUCUGGGCACGCUGCCGGCUUCGCCUAUGCCUCGAACUUUCUCGCCCUACGGCUAUGGCGCGGCCGGAGGGGCUGCUGCUGCCGAGUCGGCGGAGUAUAGACUCCAUCUCAUGGACGGGGGCAGGGAACGCGACGGAAUGCUGAGCGCCAGGUCGCGGUCGCCAUCGCCUUCGUACUGGGCGUUGCUGACCAAGGAGGAGGCCGAGGCGCGCGAGGACCUGCGAAACACGAACGAACUUCUGCAGAAAAAGUGCACGGAAUUGCAUGCUCAGAUAACGUACCUGCAAAUGGCUGGAGCAGGGCUGAGUAGGGAGCAACUUGAGUACCUUGAAACCCAGCUCGCGGAGCAAAAGGCGUAUGCCGAGGCACUCGAGAAACAAAACAAAGAGCUCGUGGAGAUGGCAGAGGAGGCGCUCAAGGAGCAAAGCGACGCGCUGCAAAAGGAGUGGGAGGCCAAAUUGAACGCUGUUCAGCAAGAAAAAGAUCAAGCGACCGCCGCCAUAAAAGGCGAAGGGGAAAAGGCGAGGGCGAACAUCGUGGAGCUCCAGCGCAAAGCCGACGCCGCGGAGAGAACAAAGGAUGACGCCCUGAGUCGGCUGGUCAUGUCCGAGCGCCUAGUUGCGGAAGCCGAAGAGGGUCGCAAGCGAGCGGAAGACCGUGUGAAGCAGCGAGAGCAGGACGUCGAGAGCCUGCGCCAGAAGUUGACAGGCCUCGAGGCGGAGCUUGGCGAGCUCCGAAAGGCGCGGGGCGUGGACGAGGAAGGUCUACUUCGCCAGAUCUCUGAGAAGGAUCGGGUGAUUUCUUCGCUUAGAGAGUCCACGCAGUUGGAGGCGAAAGAAAAGGAGACGCUGAAGAAAGAAGUUGAACAGCUCAAGAUGGAGAACGAAUCAGCCAAGAGUGUGAUGCGGUCUCAAGUCGCUUCCCUCGCGCAACAGCUAGAAAGAGACCAGCAAGAGAAGGAAGAAGUUAUCUCAUUCAUGCGUCAAGAGAGUCACGCCUUCCAGGCGCAAGCUUCCGAGGCUGAGGCCAGCUGCCAGCUGCUGGAAGACAAGUGCAGGAAGGAACAGGAGCGCGUGACCGCGCUGGAGGAGGAGAAGAAGACUCUACAGUCCGCACUCCUCGAGAUGAAGGAAAGGCAGUCCAAGAUUCUCCAAGACGAGGCACAGUUGAAAAAAGGGACCGAAGGCUUGAACCGAAGCCUGGCAGAGAAGGCCUUGCAUCUUGAACAGACUCGUCAGAGUCUCGCUUCAGUGGAGCGGGACUUGGCGGCCUCGCGCGCGGAGUGUGCGAAGGCGCUGGAGGACCUCAAGGCUGAGAAGGCGGUGCGCCAGGAGGAGCAACAGAGACAUAAAGAGGAGUUGGAGAAGCUGAAGGGGGAAGGGAAGAAGGAUGUUGAGUUGCAGAGCCAGGUCGCCGAACUGCAGCGCGCUCACCAAGAACUCGAGAGGAAGGCUGAAGAGGCUGAGAAGCGCUGCGCAGACGCCGAGAACAAGAGAGCGGAAGAGGAGAAGCUGCGAAAUGAAGCGGAGGAGAAGUAUGCGAAACUCUCGGAGAUGAAUGCCAAACAGCACUUCGAGAGGGAGAAAUUUCUUCAGAAGCACCUUCAGGAGAAAGACGUCCUGAAACAAACUCUGAGUCGCAUGGUCGAGGAGAACUCCGACCUACAAAAGAGAUUCGAGAAUGAGCUAGACAGCCGGAAUGAGGGAUUCAAGAAGGAGCUGGAAACCAGUCAGGCGACAUUCGCGGCAGAGCUGAAGCAGGCGACGGCGACAGCCGAGGCGGCGCUGACACGUCAGGCAACUCUCGAGGAGAACUUCAAGGAAGAACUUUCGAGUGUCAAGAAGCAACAUGAGAGCCAGCUGUCGAGUGUGAAGAAGUCUUACGAGAAAGAAGUUGAGCAAACCAAGAAAGCGCUGCUUCUGCAGAAGUCCAUGUCGAUUGAAGGACUCAACAGAAGGCAUCAAGAGGAGAUCCAGGCUCUCCGAAAUGACGCGCAGAGAGCUCUGGCUGAAGCUAAGAAGGAGUAUGAACUGGCGCUUGCUGCCCACAAGGAACAGACUGAGGCGGCCCUAGCCAAGGCAAAGGCGCAAUACGAAGAGGCUCUGAGGAGACAGACCGAAGAGCAUGACGCCCUCAAGAAGGCGCACGCCAAAGACGUGGAGAGACUCAGCAAGACGCAGGUCGAGAAGCUGGAGGAGCAUCGGAAGAAGAACGAAGAAACGGUCGAGGAGCUCAAGCGACGAAGUGCGGCCGACCUCCACGAGACAAAAGAGAGAAUGGCGAGAAGCGCGGAGGACUACAUGAACAUCGUCAAAGAACAACGCGAAAAGGCUGACAAAGCGGUCGCGACAACCAAGAAACUCCAUGCGGAGGAAAUCGAAAGACUGAAAACCAAGUUCAAACGGCAAGAAGAGGACCUUCGUAGCGAAAUUGAACGGUACAAGAAGAACCUCGAGCUGGAGCGACGGAUGCACGGCACCCACUCGGAUCGUUUCCGGCAGACCCUUCAAGAGAGCAUUAUGAACUUGCAGCACGAAAUCGAUACGAUCACGCGGAAGUUGGAGGAGGCAUGCGACAAGAAUCAGAAGCUGGAAUCUGAGAACGCAGAUCUCCUGAAGGUGAAGGAAGAUCUUGAGCGAGAAAAAGUCACGAUAGAGGAAGAACGCGGCCGCACUGCCGAUGGACACGAUCAGCUGGAGCGUCGCCUCAAAGAGACACUGGACAGCGUAAAGACCCAAGAGAAAAAGAUCGAAGAUCUGACGAAAACGCUGAACGAAAAAGAGGGCAAGUUGGCGGAGCUCCGUCACGCACUUGAGAAGGAGAAAGCUGACGGGGUCGCGAAGGACGAGAGACUGAAAAAGGCCGUCGAAUCCGCGCGUCUGGUCAAGAACCAAGAAAUGAAACAGCGUGAAAUUGCCAACUCCCUUAAGAGCCAGCUUGCAGCCAAGGAGAAGGCUCUAGCAGACUUGGAAGAAGAUGUGGAUCAUUUGCAGGAUAUGCUGAGAUCGAAGGACCACAGUGACUUGGAAGCGAUGGCGCAGAUAAAGCGAAAGGCAUCGGCACUGGAGUUCGACUUGGAAGAGGCCAGAACGACGAAUGCGGAGUUGAGGAAAGUGCGCGACAAGCUGGCAGCAGAGCGGCGCGAAUCGACAGAAAAGAUUUGCAAACUUCAAGAGGAAAUAGAUCGACUUACUACAGAAGCCACAAGGCGUGAGGAAGAUCCCAAGACAGGCAAGAUCGGCAAUGAGCUGGCUCACUUGGAGAAGCAAGUGCAUAAUCUUGAGAUGAAACUGGAGGAACAGGUUCACCUCGAAGCUAAGAUUCGAGCUGAGGCGAGGCAUUUUGAGGAAGAAGCAAGGCAAAAAUCGAGGGAGAUCGAGAGGCUCAAAGACGAGCUUUCAAUAACACGGGAGAAGGUCACCGAAGCCAACCAGCGUAUGCGGAAGAGCCUGGAGGAGUACACGCGUGAGCAGGAAGAUCUGCGGAGCCGUCUGUCGCGUGACUUUGCUAGAAAAGAAGAACUGCUUCAGGCCAGGUUGCACGAGUUCCAGAUGAAACUCGGCGAGCAGCGCGAAGAUAGGAACGCAGGUGACAGCUGCCGGAUUCGAGAGCUCGAGGCCCUCGUUGCUCGUCUUUCGUCUCAGCACGCAGGGCCCCUCUCCGCGUCCGUAGUUGAAGAUCUGAAGUGCUACUUCCGACGUGCAGUCGAUUCGCUCCUGCAGAUUCUGCCGGCGUUCGGCGAUGGGGAAGCGAUAAGUCUCCUCAUCACUCAGAUGCACCCCGUCCUCUCUACCAAAGAAGUUGUGGAGGCCCUGCGGCAGCUCGCCCCCUGGACGCCUGCCAGCGUCCUGGAGACCCUGGUGGAGCGGCUGGUUUCGCCAGCGGAGGCGCGGGCGAUUUUUGAGCAUCUGGUUAGGGAAGCGUCUUUGAAGGAGCUGUCUCCCGAGGCUGUUCAGCUUGCCUCGUCACUUCGUAGCCUCUGCCGCAGUCUCCGUGGCCGCGGCGCCAAAGGCCUCUCCGGAGGCACGCAGAACGAGCGACCCAACAAGGCCGCCAACUCUGCUGACACAGAAGAGCAACUCGCCCGUUUUGUCGAAAGAGCACCCCCACUCGAGAGCCUCCACCUGCUGAAGACCAUCGGAGACGGACUGCCGCUACCUCAACUCACUGCGCUACUCGAGUCGCUGCUCCCGCGUGUGCCGCACGAGAGUGUCGCGUCUCUGCUGACGUGCUUGUUCCCCAACGAUGCGCUCGAGAAGGUUGGGGACGCUCUGGGAGAAGAGUUUGAGAACUUGUUAAGGGAAUUCGGGCACAUGGGUGAGCUGGAGAAGGUUGUGCAGCUGCUGAGUGACGGCGUCAAGCAAAUCAAGGCAAUUUACUGCAGCACAUCUCCGCCGCCUAGCGCCACGUCCCCUGGCUUCUCAGCACCGCUUACGACGUACGAACCACCGUCGGUGGUAGUCCCUCCUAUGUAUCCGAUGUUUUAUCCGAAGGUUUAUCCGCAAUAUCCGCCGACUUAUCCUCCCCAAGCUGCGGUGCCGCCAGUUACCCCGUCGGCGCCGCCAGUUACCCAGUCGGCUCCGCCAGUUACCCAGUCGGCUCCGCUACCAGCUCCUCAGCCAAUCGUCGAGCCCAGGCAAGCUCCAGUCAGGGUGCAGCCCAGACCUGCGGGCCCGCGCGUGUUCAAUGUGUGUGCGAAGCUGAGCUACAAGCUUCUUGCUCAAAAGAAGCCCAUGAAGGCAGUCGCCGUGAGCCCUCACGCCGUUGAGGCUAUGCAAAGGACCGUCUCAGAAUCGUCGACAAAUUGA